CCGCGGAACAUCCUGCAAACACAUCUAAGACUCGGAACAAAACUCUGCACAGUUUCCUCUCACGCUGCUGCUGGCUGCGGCUCACGUCUCCUCCGAGCUCCCGCCGCCGGGAUGGCUGCUAGUUUGCCCGCCGGAGGAGUCCCCACACUUUAGACAGAGCCGUGGAGUUGUUGUUGUGUAGUUGACUCCGCAGGUCGAUGUCCCCGCUGUCGGACUGGAGUGUGUGUGUUCAGACGCGCGGCGGUGGGACAUCCGGAAUGGGGGAUCCGUAGGAGGAGACGACGCUCGCUGCUGUGUGUGUGUGUGUGCUGUUGGUAAAUAGAGCGCACCAACGCGCGCGCGCACAGAGCCUACACGCACGAGAUGGACUUUAAGAAAACAAAAUUUGGGAGGUUCAUGAACUGCAGGGUUCCAGCCAGUAAGAGAUACCAGCCCACCGAAUACGAACAUGCUGCAAACUGUGCCACACACGGGUUGUGGAUCCUCCCCAGUCUGCUGGGCGGGUCUCUGCUCUACUUCCUGUCUGUGGACCAAUGGCAUCGCACAGCUGCCUGGCUCUAUGGGAGCGGUCUCACAGGCCUGUUUGUCACCUCAACACUCUUCCACACCGCUGCCUGGAAAAUCAGCCACCUCCGGAAAGUGGAGCAGCGUUUCCACAUGUGUGACAGAAUGGCCAUCUACUUCUUCAUAGCUGCGUCCUACUCUCCCUGGUUGAUGCUGAGGGAGCUGGGGCCCUGGGCGUGCCACAUGCGCUGGCUGAUAUGGGUCAUGGCUUGUGUAGGAUCCAUGUAUGUCUUCUUUUUCCACGAGAGGUACAAGCUGGUGGAGCUGUUUGGGUAUGUGGCCAUGGGGGUCGUUCCAGCUCUGGUCAUCCUGUCUAUGGUGGAUCGUGCUGGUGUGUGUGAACUGGCACUGGGAGGCGUCUUCUACGUGGUGGGCGUGGUCUUCUUUAAGAGCGAUGGCCUCGUCCCGUUUGCCCACGCCAUCUGGCAUCUUUUCGUCGCAGUGGGAGCAUGCAUUCAUUACUACGCCAUCUGGAGGUACCUGUACUUACCUGGGCCGCUGCUGCAGACGUCGAGGUGACUAGCUGCUCUCAGCUGACAUCACCUGUGUUCUGAGACCACUGUGUUCUUGACUGCAACUAACCCGACUCUUGAGGCUACACAGAUUGUGCUGAGAUGAUCUGACUGUCAGAUGAGAAACACUCGGACCAAACACUCGUAUCGUCUAACUACAUGUCAUUUCAACAUGCUAAUCAUGUAACAGACUGAUCAGGGAACAUUCAGUUUGACUGGAUCAAAGAUGAGCAAAAACACGACUCUGCUGUAUCAGACAUGUUAUUAUCACACAUGAUGUAAGAGGUGUCUCCAUCACCUCAUGGGAGAUGUUGGCACAAAUGGCAACAUAUAAAGUGCCAGAAGCUUUAGAUGACGAAUGUUCAGUGAAACGUAUACUAUGCAGGAUUUUCCAACAAAGCAAUCUGUAGACUCAUACAAAAGUAAUCCCUCAAAUGUCACGUAUGACCCACUAGCAAUUAGCAAUCAUCCAACAAUCUAACAACUAAUCAGCUUAGCUCUAAAGCCUAGUUAUGAGUUAAAUUAAAAAUCUACAGUGAUUACUUUAACUUGGUUAGAGGCGGGGUAGAUGAAUUAAGGAGCCUGCCCUCAGCUCCCUACUGACACCAGCAGAAGAACGAACUAAAGGAAACUUAAAUAGGCUCAAACAUGAUUUAUUUAUAUAUUAUUCCCCUCCCCAAAGAAAAUACAGGAGGAAAAAAAUUUGAAAAAAGGUAAUCAGAGGAACUUCCGCUAAUCAGGAAAAAAGCAAAACAUUGCAAAAAAGAAAAAUAUCCCCCCCAAAAAAGGAAUCAAACUCACCAGGGUGGAAACAAGAAAAGAACAACCGGUCGAGGAAACACUAAAAGCAAGAGGUUUAUUUUUCCUCCAACCCAGGCUGUCCGGUCUCCACCACCGUCCUCCUUUCUUCCUCAGCAAAGCCCAAAAACCCUCCCCAAACAAUUCCCUGCUCGUUUGUGUCCCAAAGACCACACCCCUUCACCCGUGUGCAGCAGCACACCUGAACCAAGUUAACUUAACAAGAUAGAGACACUGCAAGACACAUUGACAGUAUAUUUGAAAGCUACUCUGCUUCAAAACCCUCCAACAAUACUGUACAUGUCUCCCCUCACCUUUGUGGCGCUGUCACACACGUGCCAGAACAUAAGCAGCAGGCAACCAAGAGGGAACUACGAGAAUCACAAGCACAGUGCCAAAAAAUACCCCCAAAUAUCGAAAGACGAAAACACCAAGUGGACAAAGCUCUCUCACUUUUGCUUGCAGGCGUGUUUUCGAACUGUAACUGACAAUUCCUGCAUAGUACACCUUUAAAUGAACAGUUUCACAAUUUGCUAUUUUACUUAUUCACCUU